AUGUCGAAUCUCGACCAACUCCCAAAAAAUUUCAUAGAAACAUUUUCUCGACACAUUAAAUAUGUUAAGUUUAUCGGUAUUGAUAUUUUCGAUGAAUCUCGGUCCCAUUUUCUGAAGAGAUUUGGGACGCUAAUUAUAUUUUAUAUUAUGCUCGUGUCGACUGUUUUCGGACAAUUUUUGUAUAUAUUUUUGGCAAAUACUAAAGGUGCUAGCGUCUUGGAUAUUAUAAAUGCAAUACCCGGAACUUUGAUGGCCUCUCAAGAUAUUGUUAAAAUCAGCAUAAUCGCAGCGAAACGAAAUGGCAUACGAGAUAUUAUUCUUGAGAUAGCUGAACUAUGGCCAACAGAUUAUGACGAUGAGAAAUUCAAAAUUCUCAAUAUCUGGACCUCUCGUCUGCGGAUUUUCCAACGAUUUUUCUACAUAUGCGGCUACGUAGCCUUAUCGUUCUAUUUAGUGGUGCCGCUCAGUGUGACUGCAUACUCGUACGCAGUGGAAGGGGAAACCAUCUACCGCUUUCCAUUGGAUACUGUUCUACAGAAAGAUCUAGAAAAAUUAAAAUCCUUUGAUGGUCAAGGAUCGGACGAUUGUUCUGACAUAAAGGUUAUUGUUAAGAGCCACCAAAAGAUACUUAGAGUUGUUGAGAAUAUUAAUAAUAUUUUUGGACCGUUAUUGUUCGCUCAAGUAACGUUUUCCUCGAUUGUCAUUUGUUGCUUUGGAUUUCUUACAAUAGUUGGUAUUCCUAUUACAUUAGCCUUUAAUGAUAUAGCUGAAGCAGCAUACAACUGUGUUUGGUACAAAAGAAGCAAUAAAUUUCGGAAAUUUAUUCAGAUUAUCAUAGCCAGAGCUCAGGAGCCAUGUAUGUUAUCAGCUUUGGGUUUCUCUAAUGUGACCCUUGCAACGCUAUCGAAGAUUUUAAGCACUUCCUGGUCAUAUCUGUCGCUGUUGAAUCAGAUGUAUAAGGACACUGAUAUGUCGUAA